AUGGCGCGGCUCGAGCUCCUCCUCGUCGCCCCCUUAGCCACCGCCUUCAUCCUCUUCAUCGCCAUUUUCAUCGCUGUGCUCACUCACCGUCGUGCCUUCUCUCUCCUCCGUAACGCAGCGCUCGGAACGUCUCCCAAGACCGUCACCAUCGGCGUCUUCCAUCCAUACGCCAAUGGCGGCGGCGGUGGCGAGCGGGUGCUCUAUUGCUCCCUAUUGGCGCUGGUUCAGGAGUUCAAAAAGACCGACAAGACGCUCCAGAUUGUGCUGUAUACAGGUGAGGACCAUCUCUCGGCCACUGAGCUCGUCACACGUGCUGCCGAGACGUUUAACCUCGUCGAACUGAAGACGAUGCACGUCGCACAGUCUUUGACGCUCGUGGUGCUUCCAAGCCGCGACAAGAUCCUUGAUCCCAGCCACUAUCCAAGCUUUACAUUGUUUUGGCAGAGUGUGGCCCACAUGAGGCUCGCGCUCGAAGCUCUGCAGCAAAGCUCGAGGCAGCAGCUGUACCCACUUAUGUGGGUCGACACGACGGGAUGUCCGUUCUCGUAUGUCAUUGCAAGUCUGUUGUACGCCUGCAAAGUCGUGGCUUAUGUGCACUAUCCGAUGAUCUCCACGGACAUGAUCUCGAAAGUACAGCAGCGUCACGUUGGCUUCAACAAUGACGCAACGAUAGCUGCGAGCUCGACGAGAUCAGUCGGCAAGUACAUUUACUAUCGCCUCUUUGCCGGUGCGUACGGCUUGGUGGGCAAAUACUGCACGGAUGUUACAAUGGUCAACUCGACGUGGACGUACAAUCACAUUCGGCAGCUAUGGGGCAAGACCCCUACGAUCGUGUACCCGCCGUGUGGCGUGAUGCAAGAGUACAUGGAUUUUAGUAUGGAAGAUCGCGUGCCCAUGGCGCUUUCAAUUUCUCAGUUCCGACCAGAGAAGAACCACUUGUUGCAACUUCAGGCUGUUCAGGUGCUGCUGACGAAACAUGCAGAGGAGAUGAAGACCACCCAUCGCGACUUUCGGCUUGUUUUGCUUGGAAGCUGUCGCAAUGCGGACGACGAAGCACGUGUGGAGACACUGAAGCAGCAGGCAGAAGUAUUGGGUAUUACUGACCGUGUGGAUUUUGUGGUCAAUGCGAGUUUUGCGGAGCUGAAGCGCUAUCUUGCAAAGAGCUCCAUUGGUGUGCACACCAUGUACAACGAGCACUUUGGUAUCAGCAACGUGGAGAUGAUGGCAGCAGGCAUGCUUGUGGUUGCUAACAACUCAGGUGGCCCGAAAGCCGAUAUUGUAAGACCGGAGACGGGAUGUCUAGCGCUCACGGCCGACGAGUAUGCGGACGAGAUCUUGUCGUUGUUGGAGAAGUCCUCUGCUGACUCGCUUGCAAUGCGGCAAGCGGCUCGCGAGUCAUCAUCAAGGUUUUCGGAUAAAGAGUUCAGUGCGCAGUUUAUCGCAGCAAUGAGUGGCGUCCUCGGGUCCUUAGUUGCUGACAACAACAAGCACGUGAAGUCAAUGUAG